AGAGCUUCAAGGUGACAGCUGGCAGGGGGUGGGGGAGCCAAGGAGGAUGCAUAAUACCAGCUAAUCCAGAAUAAAAAUAGUCACCCACCCUGCACAGUGAUAAGCAGGAGAGGCAAAAACUGCAAGAGAGAAGACUGUAGAGAGACUGCCUAGCACUUUACAAGGUGUGUGUUUAUAAAGCCAAUUUUAACAUUAAACCAUGGUGGAGGAGCAAUUACAUCCCUCAGCAAUGCAAGAUUUAGAAACUGAUGAUAGCGCUUUACAAUCCAAUGAGAAUGAGGAGAAGAAGUUAAAAGAGGAGGAUGUAAGCAUGAAAGAUGUCCCUGUUCAUGAAGGUAAGCCUUUGGAACACUGUGAUACUGUUAGUUUAGUCCACAAAGGCACAGGAGAUGCUAUUGAUGAUAAAGUGGAAAUUAAGGAAGAAACUUCUCCAGAAGUUGAGGAGACACCGCCAUCAAAUAAUGAGACAACACAAAUAACAGACAAAGGCACAAGCUCAAUAGAAGAAGACAAGACAGAAGAUGAGAAAUCCACGAAUAACAAAGUGGCCUCUGCAGUGGAUGUAGAAACACAUGAGAAAACACCUGAAAAAGAUAUAGAAGAAGAUCAGUCUUGCAAAGAUAAGGAAACUGAGAGCAGUGAUGGGAAAACUGAAAGCAAAGAGGGAAGAGAGUGUACAGAUGGUGAAACUCAAAGCAAAGAAGAUGGAACUAAAUCCACGAAUAACAAAGUGGCCUCUGCAGUGGGUGUAGAAACACAUGAGAAAACACCUGAAAAAGAUAUAGAAGAUGAUCAGUCUUGCAAAGAUAAGGAAACUGAGAGCAGUGAUGGGAAAACUGAAAGCAAAGAGGGAAGAGAGUGUACAGAUGGUGAAACUCAAAGCAAAGAAGAUGGAACUAAACAGACUUUAGAUGACAAUAAGGAAAGUGGAAGUGCAAGUAAUGAAACAAACAGGUAAUACUCAAAAAUAAAACUACGACUAGAUGCCAAGUGCAUACCAUGAGAAAAUAGUGGAAAAUGUUUUUAUUUUCUUAAAACAAUGUAUUCAAUUAACAGCUAAGCCUCAAUUAUUUUAGAAGCUACAUCCUGUAAAUGCUCUAGCAUAAUAUGCAUUAGAAUAUAAUAUUCAUGAGUAAUUUAAACUGUCAUGCAGUUAAAUUUAACCCCUUAAGGACCAAGGUUUAUCUGAGAUGUGACACAUUUGUGAAUAGGGCUUUCUUUUGAUAUUCUAUAUGUGUAUAUAACACAGUAUUAGAUAGGAAUAAACUAUUAAAAAUGGGGGGGGGGAGAAAGAAAACUUUUAUCAAAAAACAUGUACUCUCAGUUUUACAUUUAAAUAUUUUUACACAUCAAGUGCAACUAAAGAAAACUAACUCAAAAUACAUUCAUUAAUCAGUCCUUAUUGUUAAAAUUUCCACUAUGUCUAGGACUUCAGUUUAUUUUUUUUACAAGUCAUAAAACAAAUAUUGCAAGAAGUGAAUUGUGAUUUUAAAGGACGACUAUAGUGCCAGGAAAACAAACUCGUUUUCCUGGCACUAUAGUGCCCUGAGGGUGCCCCCACCCUCAGGGUCCCACUCCCGCCGGGCUGAAGGAAGGAGGAAGGGGGUUAAAAACUCCCCUUUCUCCAGCGCCGGGUUCCCUCGGCACUGGGGACUCUCCUCCUCCUUUGGCCGUCAUCGGCUGAAUGCGCAUGCACGGCAAGACCCGCGCACGCAUUCAACCAGUCCAUAGGAAAGCGUUCGCAAUGCUUUCCUAGGGACGCGGGCAUCUUCUCACUCAAUGAGACAGCCACUAGAGGCUGGAUUAACCCAUUUGUAAACAUAGCAGUUUCUCUGAAACUGCUAUGUUUACAGCAGGCAGGGUUAAUCCUAGAUGGACCUGGCACCCAGACCACUUCAUUAAGCUGAAGUGGUCUGGGUGCCUAUAGUGGUCCUUUAAAGCUAAAACUUUGUAAAAUUUAGCAUGUUAACAUUACAAAACCACAGAAUCCAACGCUGCUACGGAACAGUAUAUAUUUGUAGAAAGUACAUUCCCUUAGAACACUUUUCAUUUAACUAUUUAAUCACAAACCUGUGUCAAAAUAGUAUUUGUUUUGCGUGUGUAUGUGGGGGAGGAGGGGGAGGAAGGGGAGGUUGGGGAGAGUUCACACAUGUUUUAUUAUGUGGAUUUUCACAGACCACACGUGUACCACUUCCAUCUCCCUAUUUGUAUUCUGCUAAUGUUUUCAAUUACAAUGAUACCACAUAUGUAUACUUUCCCCCCAAUCCUGUCCCUAAUCUAACCCUUAAACCAACCCAUAAACUAACCAUAAUCCUAUCAAUAAUCCAACCCAUAGUCUUAAUCCUAGUCUUAAUUCUGCCCCUAAAACAUCCCACCUCAGGUAUUCCCUCAGUUGACAUCAGUACUGACAUCAAAAGAGGGAUUUCACAGUACAAAGGGCUAUGUGAGCCCUCUCUACAGUGUGAUCACAGCGUGAGAGGGGAAUCUUCCUCUCCAGGAACAGUGAUCAGUGUUGAGCAGCUGGAAAGCCCAGCACUAAUCACUUAGCAGGGAGACCCAGGAGAUCUACCAGGUACUGGUAAAAUUACUGCUCACGCUCUGCUGCGGUAUGCUAAUUAAUUUUAAGGGCUACAAUAAGAUAGCUCAGUGAGCUAGUGCAUCAUCAGUAAAAUCUGUUCCACCCCUCAGGGGUCGCAAGUUUAAAUCCCAGCAGGGUUGACUCAGCCCUUCAUCUUUCCAAGAUAGAUAAAAUAAGUACCAUUAAAUUGGGUAAUAGUAACAACCCCUGGAUGUUGGGCAAAAGUAACAUCCCCAGGACAUACUUGAAUACCAGAGUAAUCUGAAUGUACCGUUCUUGGUUAAAUACAUUAUUAUUAUUAUUAUUAUUAUUAUUAUUAUUAUUAUAUGCCACACUCACUUAGAGAGCUGCACAUAGCUCAUCUGUCAGUCGGGGGCCACUAAUUGUGUGUCAAAACUACCUAAAGCUCCCUUUUUAAAAAAAAAUUUUUUAUUGCUGGCAGGCUGGGGACAGACUCAGAAGUACCGUGGCUAUGCGCUAUACAGUAUUUAAAUGUUUUAAAGGUCUAUGUGCAGCACCCCAGCUGACAAAGUGGACCCCCUGGUAUCUAAGUAUACCUAAGAUUUCUUGGUACCAGCAAGGAUAAAACCCUAGUGCAUGAAGCACGAUGCCCUGCACUGUUGUCCUUAAGUGGUUAAGAACAAAUAAAAUAACAUAUACUCAUGACUACGUAUUCAGAAUCCCGUGUUAGCCCAUGAAGACACAUGAGAGGGCUCCAGUGGUGUAGGGCCUUGUGUUUGACUUUGUGUGAGAAUAGGAUACAUUUGCCAUCCUGUAGUGUCUCACUGCUCUGGAAAAAAAUUAAAGCCUCUCCUAUUUUUAAAUAUUAUUAUUUUUGACAGCCAAUUAUGAAAGGCUGUGCUCCUAUCCCCCCCCUCCCCUCCCCCUCUGGAUCGGCGAGGGUUAACCCGGUCUCACUGUGCUGUCGGGGACCACUACUCUUCACAUUGCCUCGUGCUGUGGUCCACUACAUUUUGCGGUGUUCUGCUUUCAAGAUGGGGACUUCCCUUGUGAGGAACAAGCAGGGCAUGUGCCCAUCCCAAGAUACUCACAACAGCUCUCUUGCAAAUGCCCUUCUUCAUCUGGAUGCCAUCUUCCAGAACUUCUGGAGGAUGAUCCAUGAGCGCACACAAUCUGCACUGAUAGAGUAGCGGAGAGACCAGCGGUAUACACCAUCCAAACAGCCUCACAGUAAGUCAGCCAAUACACCCCACCACCGCAAUCCUGCAGCAAACCGCUCAGGAGGGAGACGGAUUGGCAAGCUAACUCUGCAAUAUCGGAGGGCUCCCGCUCAGCAAGGCCUACCACGUGCUUCAAGGCGGACCUAGGACCCUGCUAAUGAGGCUGAGCACUGCCGGACCUGCAGAGGCAUAAAACAGAAACGUAUCAGCCUUCAGAUCAGGGAGGGAGCUCCUCUACGACCCGAUGGACUUUUGAUCCUAAAUGAUAGUGUCCUCCCAUCCAUGGGAAACGGCUAAACGGUUCCACGAUAGGACUGCAGCUUUGAGGGACUCUCUGAUUUAUGUGAUGUCUUGAUCAAUUGGUGGCUCCUAAUAGCACUUUACUUAAUCUGUUGCAAACAUGCACUGCAUUACUCAUGAUUUAUUUCUAUUAAUUCUGUUGUUGUGUCCUAAGUGAUCCCCUGCAUUGGUCUCCUCUGGCAGCCCAAUGGUAUUCACUUAUUGAAACUACGUACAGUUCUAUUCUAUAACGUUUAAACUUCUCUCUCUACCUUAAUCAAUAUAUUUGUGCAUUUGAUGUCUUAUCCUAUCUCUUAUCAAAAACAAAAAUGUGCAGUACUCAUAACAUUCUCAUUUAUAAUAUUGAUCAUUGUCCAUACAACAAUGUUUGUUACUCUGCACAACAAAAAUAAAGAAUUAUAAAAAAUAAAAAAAAUAAUAACCAAACUAUAACCAGAUGUUUUACAAGAGAUUGUUGAUAAAAUUGUUGCAUGUAAUGUGUUAAAAUGCCACUAGGAAAAUGCCACUAUAGUAUCUAGUUUCUACAAAUGUAUAUUUUUUUUUUUGCUCAGAAGCUUUGGAUUUUUGAAUCACAAUUAAACUUUGGUCUCAGGAUAGGGAUGUUUGCAAGGAAGUUCCUCCCUUGUAUUUUUCAACCUAUAUUUUCUCAAAACUGAUUGGAUUCCUGUGAAAAAUCUCCAACGUUAGGACAAAUAAAGAAAUCUUUUUUUUUUUUUUUUGCACUCGCUAUGGAAAUAUAUUAUGAAAAUAACUUUGAAAAAAGUUUAUUUCAUUGUUUUAAUUAUAUUCAAAUUUAAUGUGAUGUUAAGCAUAUCUAUGGUACAUCAUAAGAAAUCUCCAAAUGUCCAUUGCUCCUUCCUUCCUCCAGUUCUGAUGCUCAGUCCCCAUUGAAGGUACUUUUGGUGGUGGACAGGGGUCAUUAUGGGCACUCUGACUGGCCCCAUACACAGCUACUACAAUGCACUGUGUGUUAGGAUUCUGUUAGUGACUAUUAGAAAUCUCUGGGCCAACCUUAGGACACAGUGCAACUUGGAUAAGGACAAGUUAGUGUUAAUAGGAAAACACUGUGUGUUAGUUAGGGUUCUGUUAGUGACCAUAUCAUAUUAGAAAUCUCUUGGCCAACCUUAGGACAAAGUGCAACUUGGAUAUGGACAGGUUAGUGUUAAUAGGAAAACAACUGAAUGGUAGAACUUUUAAACAGGGAGUUGUAAAAUAACUUCAAGUUCAUAAGCAGCUUUAGGAAAAGGGAUGAGCAGAAUACAUUAGAGGCAAUGGGUUCGUAUGAUCACUCAUUCCUUUAGAAGCAUUUACACAUUCCUCUAAAACGAGAUAUUAAGCUCAGGAUACAUUAUAUGCAGCACCAAAACAUUAUACAGCAUACUAGAACACCAAUAAUACUUAGGAUCAUAGUACAUAACAAACUAGCAGUAGGGAGACAAUCGACAAGGUGGUUAAAGAGAUCACCAGGCCCGUUCUUGCCCUCAAUAUCAUUUUGCUUAUAUCCCAUAAACCUUAAGCCUAUUGAGCUUGGUAAUGUGAUGUGUGAUAUCCAGUGCCUGCUUGGAAAUGUAGCUGAAGCAUUCUGUAGAUAUUCGUCUGAAUUCAUCCCUUCCAUUGGACUGAUAAAAGAUAGUCUUUGGAGAGAUAGUUUUGGAACUCUACCAGCUCCUUGAUAUAUCAAUAUAUAUCUGUACAGAAUAUGAAAUCAGACGUGAAUCAAACAUGAAAAAUCAAUGGGAAUUCUUUCCAAUAUGAAUUGCUUCCUUGGGGACUACCCCAAAUCCACACAAAUAGCUGAUACAAAUGGAACAAAAAAGAGAUUACUGCCGAUCCUAAAAAUAAACAUACAGCACAAUGAUAGUGUCGUACUAAGAGUACCAAUAAAUCCAUUAUGUAUAUAUUUCACCCACAAAUGCCUGGAAUAGUAAUGAAAGUCUUCACGGUCCCUGAUGAAGGGAUCCAGCUCUAAUACGCAUCAAAAUAUGUAUCUAAUAAAACAAAAUAAAUACCAAAAGCAAAAGUGCAGGAUGCUUGUGCUAACACCAAAGCACAUAUUUAUUAUACGUAAGUUAAAAACGACACAAUCACAGCUUAUCAAAUAUCACCAAUCUCUGCUGACUGCACCCAACAAGUAUUGUCACAGUGCUAUGUGACUGAGGAAAUCACGUAGGAUUCCAACGAAACAGACUACUAUUUACCCAUAGCCAAGAAAACACAGCAGAUAGUAAGUCUGAAAGGUCAUGUGCUGCAAUAGUAAAUGUAAAAAAGGGUGCUUAUCUGUUUAAUAAAUGUGUCAGGAGAAAGAUACAUGCUGUCAGUACUACAUUCUGUUGUGGCUCUCAGUUUACUCAGAAUCUCUCUAUUUAAAAGGUUAAUAGGCUGUCCAAUCACUACAAGGGAUGAGUGGUUUAUUUAGGGGGUCUACCCUUACAUUUUAUCAUAUGAAUAUAGGAUAAAUAUGGGGCUUUCCCUCAAUUCUCAUAACAGUCUUAAUAGGAGUAGAGAUAAGAGUGUUUGGAUCUGUCAAAGUACAUGUUGUUUAGUGUCCACUAAACAAAAAUACACAUUUCCCCCAUCUAGAGAGGUGGUUAGACAAGCGUAUAUCGAGUAGACAUGUGCAAUUCGUUUCGGUCCGAAUAUGAAUUCGGACGAACUUAGGGCAAUUCAGACAUUAGGGUACUUCCGAAUUGCUGAAGUGCCGAAUUGCCGAGGUCCCGAAGUUCCGAUAUUACAGAGUUUCCCAAGUGCCGAAGUUCUGAAGUGUUGAAGUGCCUAAGUUCCGAAGCACAGUAUUGCCUAAGUACUAAUAUACUUACCCAGUGAAAGAAGAAGAAUGUUACAUUGUAUACAAUUUUAAAUAAAAAGUAUACAAACAUAGCCAGGAUUCAGCUGUAAGCAUUUGCAACACUUACACUAAUCAAGUAACAUACAUUAAUAUAAAAUGUAAGUUACUUAAGGUUCCUAGGAGCAAUAUGCGACUAACUCUCAGCAAAGGGCAGUUUGCGUUUUUUUUUUGUUUUUUUUUUAAUAUAUAAGGGGAGAAGGCAAAGGAAGGAAGAAGGGAAGAGGCGAAGAAAGGGAAGGGGAAGGAGUAAGAAAAGAGAUAGACCAAAAGGGGGAUAAAAGCCUUUCAGGAUUUAUUGUAAAUCCCCCUCUCUUUCUGCAUUGAAUGUGACCGAAUUGUAAUGUUUUUAUACACAUUUUUUGUUAUUUUUCUUUUGAUGUUUAUUGUCUAAUGUCUGAUUGUUUAUUUUUGUAACAAUGUUUGUGAAUUCCUUUUUUUUUUAAAAAGAAAGAAAAAGAAAAGAAAUAUUAUAAAGGAAAAGGGAAAGGGAAAAGGAAAAAAAACUAAAACUUUUUCAAUAAAGAUUAAAUAUAUAAUAAAAUGUAAGUUACUUAGCCAGUCAGUGUAAUGACAGGAAUGAAUAAGUAGAUAACUCCCUAAUUCCCACGAUAUUAGGGAGCUAUCUACUAAAAGGCUGAAAGACCUAAAUUGGUCUUUCAGCCAAAUUUACUAAUACUAAGUAAAGAUUACUUAGUAUUAGUAAAUUAUGCCCCUACUCGUUAUACCGCGAGUUGGGGCAUGUCUAUUAAACAGUGAGCAAAAAAGGACCUAUUGCCUCCCCCCCUGGCCCUCACCCCUGAGCAGUGGAUGGGGGCCCUAAAUACAAAUAAGGGGGGACACCUAAUGUCCUGGCCCCCACCCCUGAGCGGCGGGUGGGGGCCCUAAGUUGGAAUAAGGGGGACCUAAUGUCCUCCCCCCUGGCCCCCACCCCUGAGUGGUGGGUGGGGGCCCUAAAUACUAAUGGGAUGGGGGCCAGGGGGGAGAACAUUAGGUCCCCCCCUUAUUUUACUGUAGGACUCCACCCACCACUCAGGGGUGGGGGCCGGGGGGAAGGACAAUAGGUCUCCCCCCCAUCAUUUUGCUUUAGGGCCCCCACCCACCGCUCAGGGGUGGGGGCCAGGGCGGGCAAUAGGUCCUGCUCACUGUGUUAAUUAAUUUGGCUGAAAGACCAAUUUAGGUCUUUCAGCCUUUUGGUAGAUAACUCCCUAAUACCGUGGGAAUUAGGGAGUUAUCUACUAAGCGGCUUCAAGAUAAGUCCCGAAGUGCCAUAGUCCCGAAAUUCCGAAAUGCCGAAGUUCCGAAGUGUCGAAGUGCCGAAGUUGCCAAAGUUCCGAAGUUGUAGAAGUUCCGAAGUGUUGAAGUGCCGAAUUGCCGAAGUCCCGAAUUGCGAAAGUCACGAAUUUCAGAAUGCCGAACCGAACCGAAAAUUUUCCCCAUGCACAUGCCUAAUAGAGAGGAGUUGGGUUUCAGGUGGGUCCCCAGUUUACAUUUGAGGGCGAGGGAAAUAAUUGUCAUGUCUGUGUCCCUGCCCUUGCUGGAAACCAUCCAUGCCUUCCCCUCCCCUCUGCCCACCCUGUGGACACCCCUGGGACCUCAAUCCUUAAAAUGUUUGCGUACAGUUGCAAUUGCCAGUAUUUGGUAGCUUCGUCCUAAUGUCAGCCUGAUACUGUGUUUUUAAAAUACUUCUCAGCAGAAGUAUGUUUAAAACACAGUAUUAUUUAUUUAUUUAUAAAAAAUUUCACCAGGAUGGAUACAUUGAGAUUUCUCUUGUUUUCAAGUAUCUCCUAGGUCCACAUAACAUUGCAUUGUUACAAUAGGAUACAAUAUCACAAAAAUACAACAUACAAACUAUACAUAAAUAUAUAUAUGUAUAUAUAUACACAUAUAUAAAUUUAAUACAUAACAGGUAAUAAAUAUAUUCAAAACAACCAGGAAAAUAUAAUUCAGGAAAAAAGGAUUCUUGGCAGAUCUACAAUAAUAAUAAACAUAACAUAGCGUAAUACAGUAUUUGAAUACAAAAUUGCUGAUGUAAGGUAGAAAACUCACAAACGAGAUGAAUCAGGCUUCUCACCCCACCAGAGGUUAAACGGAUAGAGAGGAUGGUGGCUUUCAGAUUAUAGGAAUCCUUAAAUAUGUGGAGGAAAAAGGCCACACAUAGUGAUGUAAAAUUUAAAUACAAAUACAUUUUAUUAGAUUGCACUUACAGACAAGAUGAAAGUCGUGAGCAUAUCUCCACGUCAAGUGGAACUCAAUAGCAGCGUAGUAGGUCGGGGUAACCAAUCUCAGCAGCAGGAAAUAAAACAAAGAUAUGUAUAAAAUUAAAGUCCAUAAAAAGAAAGAUCCAACGUGUUUCGGCCAAUAGGGGGACUUCUUCAGGGUACACUUUAAAACAUUAAAGAUUAAAAAAAAAUAGAGGGGAGUGGAGCUUGCCAGCGCAGCUGAGCGGACACUAUCUAUUUGGAUUCCCUGCGGCAAAAAGGAUGAACCGGGGCAAUCCAACCCCAGCGACACCACCAUCAGCUUGGGGAACUGACCCGCUGGCCACCGAUGCCCUUCUUCCAGCCGCCGAAAUCGGGCAAAUUUAAGCACAGAUCCGGGGCCUACAAAGCACCGGCCUACAUUAGCUGGGACACACUUCUUGGAGGUGCAGUACUUACCAGAGCCGACGAGAUACCUCCACAACCCCCACAGAGUCCCACAGCAAAUCCGGUGGACAUGAGACGCAAACAGCAAAAGCCCUCGCACGGAGAUGUCCAGGACUUAAGGGACAUAAGCACAAUGCUGAAAAAGUCGGCACCAUCCAAAAUAGUGGCCAGGGAGAGCGGGAGCACGAGGAACACCUCAGACAGGAUGGAACACAAGGGGACACAGGCCACAUUGGCGAGGGAUGAAACAGAUACCACACAUCUUGACUCCAAAACCAGCAACCUAGCCACUAAGCAGGACUUACAAACCCUCUUACUGAACAUACAGAAACUACUGGCAGCGGACACAGUGGCAAUUAAAAAGGACGUUCAGCAGGUCACAGACCGCGUCAGUGCCACAGAGAAUAACAUACAAGAUAUCUGUACAGAGAUAACAACCCUAGCCAAACUUCGGUCCGCUAACCAGGUACUUACCUCACAAAUUUCAGUGCUAGAAGACCGCCACAGGCGUAAUAACGUCAAGAUUUGCGGGGUCCCUGACACAGUAACAGCUGAGGAACUGCCCCACUACCUGCGACGCCUAGUGGCCUCUGUGCUACCAGCCCCAGCGGCGAGAAAAUUUGCUAUUGACGGGGCGUAUCGCUUACCUGGUCCCACCAAGGCACAAACAGCUGCCCCCAGGGAUAUUAUCCUCCGUCGCAUAUCACAUCAGGACAAAGGACACUUGCUGACAGCCCUGAGGGACAAAACCCCAUAUACAUUUGAAGGCUCCCAGCUCACGGUCUACCAGGACCUCACAAGGGCCACCCUACAAUGGCGCAGAUCUCUACAACCUAUCACAUCUCAACUCCGCACGGCAGGGAUCACAUACAGGUGGGGGACCCCACGAUCCCUACUGGAAGGAGCCACACACAAGCUGGGAACUGUCUCCGAAGGACCAACGCUCCUGACCGCACUGGAUCUACACAUGCCCACCGCUAUCCCAUCUGGGCCGCCUAACCCUGGAGGCUGGCAUCCAGCUAACAUCGUGAUAUUUGAACCAAGAACUGGUGCAGCCGCACCCCCACCAACCUGACUAUAUAACUUGCUACAGAAAAUCGCACCAAGGCUGUUACCCAUUGUGUGCCUGUGUUUCCUUUAUGUUUGCUUGUUUUCUUUUUCUUUCAUGUUAUCCACAAAUAUUCUACAGCUCUCUCACACUCUUGACCACCCAGCCAACCAUGAAAUACAUGCCCACCACGCUAAAGCAGCACGAGUGAUAUAGCCUGACACUGCCUUAAAAGGCGUCUAAUAUACGGCACCUACGCGCGGUCACAGAUCAAUGAUCCCCACUGGCAAACAAUUUUUAUAUACCCCCCCGCCACCCCCAUGGUUAGGGGCACCCCACGAAGAGGAGAACCCCAACACCAGAGGUGCUCAGACCUACACUACUAGCAUGGAGAAGGGCUACUGCCCCCCUCAUAACACAACGGGCACCACCGGUCACACUCCUUACUUCACCCCUCACUCUUACUCUACUCUCCUGGUUCAACAUGCAAAACACAACCCUCAUGCAAUCUCUAGAUCGAGUCCUGCUCCACCCCCUCAACCUGUCAUUUGUAAAUGUAAUCUUGACUCGUGUUACCUUAACUACCAUAUAAAACGGUGCUGAUACCCUAACAAGUGAUAUGAUCUUGUACCAUCAUCUUAACUGUCUUGCUGAUGUCUUGAAGCAUUAAUAUGUCUAUGCAACGCACCAACAAAAUAAAGAAUUAAAAAAAAUAAAAUAGAAAUAUACUGUAAGCCUAUAAGAAUUGUUUAUUUUGUUAUAGAACAUCCCCACUUUCUCAUUUGACAGUGAUGUAAAAGACAAGAUUCCAGCUUCACGUUCACCAAAUAAAGAAAUGUCAAAGGGGAAAGAACGUCCAGAGCGAAAAACCGAUCUGCCCCGCUCUAGAACUAUGCCAAAAUCAUAUGGAAGAGCUACGAAAAAAGAUAUUGCAGAGAAGUUUGGAGGGUAAGAAUCAACUGAGAAAAAAAUUGCAUCAAUGGCAUGUUAUGUGGGGAAUAUAGAUAGCCUCCCACUAGUGGCAACUGAACAGCAUGUAAAUGGUAAGAUGUAUUAAAUGGAAACUGUCAUUUAUUAAUAUUAUGCUUACUUAUCCUGUUUAUCCUAUAUAUUUAACAAAUAUAUAUUUGUGAUGUGUGAAAAAUAGAUUUAAAUGAAAAAAAUCUACACCUUUUUGUCCUACAACAGGGUGCUUCCAUCUUAGCUACCUUGCAUUCACUGUAGCAAGCUCUGUCCUUUGCCCCUGGCAAUUUGUAAACUUGGAGAUUCAUUUUGUUACAAAUUACAAGUCGUCUGAAGCUGGGUUGAUUGGGUGAACCGCUUAUGAACCACCACAUAAACUGCAGGUGGUCCUCACUUUACGAAGGCUCACACUUACAACCAGCUCUUUAGCAUGGGGAUUCAAGGGAUUCCCCAUGUUAGAGAGCUGUUCUUUAUGCAUGGAAUUUUCCCCAAACAUAUAUUAGAGGGAUUCCCUGCUCUGGUGCAUAUAUCUCCGUUCGGGUAAAUUUCCCCAAACAUAGACAAGUGCACCACAGCAGGAAAUCCCUCUAAUCUAUAUUGUGUAUGAUUUGUGCCCCCCUAACACCCUAAUAUUACUUGUUAUAUAGGGGCCAGUCGGGUGCUGACCCUUUAAGAGCUGACCGGGCCCCUGUGAAAUCAGCCGGCAGAGAGGAAGUGACAGCCACUUCCUCCCUGCUGCACAGAGAGCUUCCCGAGCGGGAGGACUGUAAGGAGGAGGCAGCAGAAGAGAGCAGGAUGGAAGCAGGUUGAGGAAAGGGUUGUAGUGAGCUGCUGCAAGCCACCCUCCUGGACACAAAGGUAAGCGAACAGGAGGGAUGCUGCAAAUCUACAAAGAAUGACUUGUGUGCAUGUCAAUAUGUGUAUGUGUCAGUGUGUAUCUGAGUGUAUGUGCCAGUUUUUGUAUCUGUGUGUCAGUGUGUGUAUCUGAGUGUAUGUGUCAGAUUGUGUAUCUGAGUGUAUGUGUGUGCCUGAGUGCCAAUAUGCAUCUGAGUGUAUGUGUCAGUGUGUCUAUCUGAGUGCCAGUAUGUAUCUGAGUGUAUGUGUCAGAUUGUGCAUCUGAGUGUAUGUGUGUGCCUGAGUGCCAAUAUGCAUCUGAGUGUAUGUGUCAGUGUGUCUGUCUGAGUAUCAGUAUGUAUCUGAGUGUAUGUGUCAGUGUGUCUGUCUGAGUAUCAGUAUGUAUCUGAGUGUAUGUGUCAGUGUGUCUAUCUGAGUGCCAAUAUGCAUCUGAGUGUAUGUGUCAGUAUGUCUGUCUGAGUAUCAGUAUGUAUCUGAGUGUAUGUGUCAGUGUGUCUAUCUGAGUGCCAGUGUGUGUCUGAGUGUGUGCCAGUGUGUGUAUCUGUGUGCCAGAGUGUGUGUAUGUGCCAGUACGUGUAUCUCUGUGAGUGUCUGUCUGUGAGGGAGGGUGGGGGUGAGUGAGCGCAGGGGUGUCAGAGGGGGGAGGGUGGGGUGAGCGCGCGUGUGUGUGGGGGGGUGAUGCAGUAGCUUGUGCAGCCACCUCCAUGAAAUGCAUUUUUGCAUGUUGGGAUGUCUGCUAUCGCCCUUAAAGGUUGUUGGGAGCAGUGUUCAGUUGAGUUUUUUUGCAUGAACCUUAUAUUAAAGUGACUUCCCAAUUGUCUGCUACUGCUGCUACCUCUUCCCUGGGCUCAUGUCCAAAGGCUGCUGCUCCCACUGUUCUGAUUCUGAGUGAAUCUCUUUUCUGCUAGUGUGCCACCUCUUUCCAUGGGAUUACAUCCAAAGGCUGCUGUUCUGAUUUCAAAAUUCAAAUACCCCCCUUUAGGGAUUGUUGGAUAUAGGGUUUAGCUAAAGUGCUUCUCCCUGUAUAACACUGCAGUGUUUUAUUAACUUUGUUGCAAGGACCUGAUAAUAUUAAAGUGACUACCUGACCGUCUGCCACUACUACCUCUUCACUGGGCUGACGUCCGAAGGAUGCUGCAGCUGUUCUGUGUCUGAGUAAUUCUUUUUUUUGCCAGUCUACUAACUCUCUUCCUGGACUCAUGUCAAAAGGCUGCUGCUGUUCUGACUUAAAAAAUAAACUGUUAUCCUUCUCUAGAGGUUGUUCGUACAGCUGUCCUUGGGCUCACAUCUAAUUUUUUUUUUUUAAAUCUGGCUGUGAGUGUCUGCACUGUGCAAAGUGUGCAUACAAUUGCAAUGUAUAUAUGUAUAUUACAUAUGCAACUUGCAUGACUACUAGCCAGUGCUACCGUACUAGUAGCCAGCCAUUAUCCUUUCUUUACAAGUUUUAUUUUUAUUUUUUAUUUUGCUUUAUAUCCUAUAUUUUUUAUCUUUAUUUUUGCUUUCAGUUGUCAUUAACCCUGUAUGUCUUGAUUCCUUUCCUAUAGAGAUUAAUGAUUCACAUUUGUUAGUUCACCUAAAAUUUUAAGCAACUUUCAGCUGAAAGGAAAAGGCUUGUGGCAAAGAAUCGGUCAAACUGAAAAAUUUGUUGUUUUUUUUUAUAUUUUUGUAUUUAACAAAAAAAUAUUAUAAAAGUUAAUCAAGGCAUUGGCUGGAAAAAGUUGAAUUGAAUCUUACUUUGCAACUCUUACUUGCAGUAAAUUUAGAAAUUUUGCUUUCCAUUCACCACAAUGUACUGUGAAUAAACACAAUACAAUUAUGCAUUUCUGGGGUUAGUAAAGAAAAGUCUGUUAAAGUCUGUAUGUGAAGUUUUCUAAUACAGGUGCCUUACAGGGUGGCUACAUCAGGUGUUCGUGUCCAGAGAUCGACAAGUUGUGGAGCAAGUGCGGUGAAGAACAUGUUACUGGAUUGGUGCCGGGCAAAAACAAGAGACCAUCAGGUGAGAAAGAGAGUUUUGUAGAUACAUUGAUAACAAAAUUAUUAAAGUGAGUUUAUCACUUUUACAGGGACACUCCAGGCAUUUUAUGGAUUUAUUAAUAUGCUGUAUUCUCUGCAUACAACACCGAUUUUUCAAAUGUAAUCUUUGAUAUUUUUGAUAUAUUUGUAAAUAAAUGUAACACGGAUGUACAGAAGCCUGGAUAAACUUUGCUUCACAACCAUUGACUCUUUCAUACAUAGGCCUCAAUUUGAUUUGUUUGCAUGAAAUCAGAUUUCCAUUUUCUGCUAGACUUUUUUUUUAAAUUAUAUAUCAAUAAUGGUGACUUCUGAAGAUAAAUAAUUUUAAAAAUUGUUUUUUUUUCUAUCAGAAUAGAGUCAUUUCUGAUUCAAACAAAUUGAAUUAAGGUCAUAGGUGUUAGUAUUAGCAGGGAAUAAAUGCCAACCAGAAAAGGUAGAUUACCAUCUGAUACUCAGCCAAAGCUAAUCACUUAAUCAUGUAAUCAGGGCUUAUUUCAGGACAAACUCAUAGGAACCUCAUUCCAGGUUCUUUUUGGAAUUUGCCAGAUAAGAUAAUGCUCAGUCAGUCCCAAUCUUUUUUUCUGCAAGUAUAGGAAAGACAAGCUUUAGCAAGUUCUACAGCACUAAUGCUGAAUUAAUAAUAUAUUGACCUUUCACAAAGAACAAUAAACCCACGAGUAAUCAAGAAAUGGUUAUUGUUAGCAUAUAGGGGGUGUCUGUAACAAUUAUUGUAAACAUCAUCAAAGGGGAACUGUUUUUAUUUCCACAUUUUUUAGCAUUAUGUCUACCUAUUCAUUAUAUUUAACAAUAUGUAUUUAUGAGGCAUGAAAAAUAAAAUGAAUAGUAAAGGUCAGCACCUUUUUAUCCUGUAUUUCGGCACCUAGUGGUCAGCAUAGAGAAGACAUACAGAUAGAGAUGAAAUUAAACAAUAUUUGUAUGUUUCUUCCUUAUUUACAAUAUGUGUUCAAGCAGUGCCUGGACUGAACUGGGUUGUGAUGUAAUUUGCUUUUAAAAAAGGACAAAAAAAAGUGUUGAACUUUACUAUAAUUUCUUUUCACACCUCAAAAAUACAUAUUGUAUAUGCCACUCACUUCUAUGAGUCAUACUAGUCCAUCAAACAUUUGGUGUCAAAGUGGUGCCCUCAGCUUAUUAUUUUUCUCAUACAAAGUUAUUUAUGAGCUGCAUUUUUUAAUCAGAGGCAAGACUUUACUAGAUAUUAUUUUUGAUUUCUCAUAAGUAAAACUAGCUUAUUGGGCAAUUGCAUUGAAGUGCAUGCGAAGGUUGUGAGAUUAAUUUAGUAGGUGUAAUAAAGUAAAGAUGUUGAGAGAUGGAACAUCGAAAAAGAAACAUUGGUUCUAAUCUGCUGCCUGUCACAGCAUGUGUUUCAAUGUUAUUAUUAUCCUGUUGAAAUCAGGAAUGCCAUUCUAGGAAGCCUAUUAUCAGAUUAAAGAUGAUGUAUUACCAAGACAAUAAGUACACUGAGUGUCUUUACAGGCUAUUCAAAGUACUCUAGUAGUUCAUUGUUUCUAUAAAGGGAACCUCUCAUGACUUAUGCUACUUUAGCGCUAUUUUAAAGAGUUUAAUUUUGGUAGCAAAUAUAUAGUUUGAGAGAAAAAUCCUAUUUCUCUCAAUUGAAGAACAUUCAAUGCCGAAGAAUUAAGAUACAGGCUGGGGCAGACUAGACCUCCAAUAGGAGAUUCCUUUGUUUCUCCACCCAUAGACACGACAGCUUUUGCAUUGUGGCUGCUAUGGUAACUGCCUAGACAUCACUGCUAGCGCUGGCUAGGGAGUAUAGGAAUGGAGUGAUGUGGCAUCACUCUGAACAGAUGCCGGCACAGUGGCAACAAAGCCAACAAAACAUCAUGGAGUAUGUUUGCCCUGCUUGGGAAAGUAUCCCCAAGCAGGGCAAAUCAGCAAAAAAACAGAGGAGGAGCACGGGCAGACUGGGGGUGGUUGUUAUAGAAGUGAAACCUCCCACCCCCCAAUCAUAUUCACGGAACAGCUAAUUUAAUUAUUUAAAAACAAUCUAUGCUUUAUUAUAUGAUAUCAUAGGUAGUUCCUGUUUGAAAAUUUACUACGAGAAAACAAGUUUAAACAGAAUAGAAAAACUAUAAAGAGCACUAAAGAAAAUACUAACUUAAUAAUAAAUGAAUAAAUGGUUAGAUUUCACAUCAGCUUUACGGGACAUUACACAGUGUGUGUCACAUUUGGAAUCUCACUACAAGAUUCUAUACAGAUGGUAUCUCACUCCCUCCAGGCGUCUUAAGCUGCAAUUGUCUCCUACCAACAAGUGCUGGAGUGUGUGUGGUCAGGUGGGUUAUCUUUUGCCAGACGCUGUGGACAUGCCCUAAACUGCAGUCUUACUGGGAUGACAUUCUUAUUUUUAAUAGACUUAUUGAUGACUUCCUAAUCACACUAACACCUGAACUAUGUUUGUUCAAAAAGAUUCCUGACAAUUCACCUAAGCACAAACGCAUAAUUUUAGGACAUAUUCUCAUCUCAGCCACUAUGGCUCUACCACGUCACUGGAAAUCUCCUGUAUUUCCUGAUAUUAGGAAAUAUGUUUGAAAAUAUGAGAUGUGAACCUAUGCUUAGAGCACCAUCCAACACACUUGGCCUUCUUAGACAUGAAUGGGAUAUCAGAGAAAAAGACAUCAGAAAGAGGUACAACAAACAUACAUCCAUAAUCCCACCUGUCCACGAUGGGAAACACAUUUUAUGACAUUUUGCACCAUGAUACCCUAUUAUUGAUGUAUUAAUAUUUUACUACUACUGGAUAAUUGUUUAUACCAUUAAACCACGGUUUGUUUGUUGUAUCAGUAUUAAACUUUUUUUUUUUCAAUUUGACAAUUUUUAUUGUUUUGGAGUACAGAAAGGAAAAAGGGGAUGGGGGUCAUGCAAGUAAACAAUUUAAGCGUCAUUACAUUCGUUGCAUUACAUUUCCUGAUCUCCGUAGUUCUGUAGUUUUUACCCAUGGCUACAUUUGCAACUUCUUAUCGUGUUGGGAUGGGGAUGGGGUACAGAAGACAAGAGGUGUGGGUACACGGUGGGGUGUGUGUCAGUGCUAUUAGAGGUUUUAAGAGGUUUAUCGUGAGGCCCUCCAUUUCCGUAGCUCUUAUACCUGUGUCGGGUUGUACAUCGUAUAUGCGGUGAAUCUUCCUCCCCUCCCCUCGUGUCUCCCUGGCCCUUGGGUCCGCUGAGAGCGGGUUCCGUGUCUCCCUGAAUGUUCCAGAGAACCUUGUGUCCCUUGGGGUACCCUGUCUCCCGUCCUGUUCCCUGCUCAGAAGCCGUGUGGCCCUGUUCUCCACUCGGGGGCAGGUUAGCUCGUUCUUUAAUCUGUAUCCAACUGUGCUUGUGUUGACGGGUAUGCUCAUGCCCCUAUUGUCUACCUGUAGGAAUGGGUAUCUGGUAGCGGGGGGGGAAACUGGGAUAACAAGUUAACUCGUAUGUCUUCGUUAGUUUGGUUUGUGUUGUCUAUUUGGAACUAUUUUGUCCUGUUCGCUGGCCCCUUGUGAGUUGCUAGGGUCUCGGCCUUCUGCGUAUGUGGCCCAGAGUGCUUUCGCUGUGGCGUUUUCCUUACCCAUUUUUGUUUGGUUUCACAUUAUUCCUUCGUAUUCUAAUGUUGUCAUAACCAUCGUUACUAACUCCGCUAGGGAUGGGAUCCCUGGGGUUUUCCACUGUUUUGCUAGUAAUGUGGAGGCUGCCGUUAAUGUUAGGAAUAUUAGCUUGGUGAUACAGUGUAGUAUUAAACUUUUUAAUAAAAACAGUUUGAAAAGAAAACACUAACUUGCGUUUGUCUCUCUUUUUCUCUCCUUUCGCAUUUUACUUUUAUCUACAAGGGUGUUGAAAUACAGAAUUUCUCCAGCAGUUGGAGCAGUGGCCUUGCUUUCUGCGCACUCAUCCAUGCCUUCUUCCCAGAUGCCUUUGAUUAUGAUUCUCUUGACCCAAAGAACAGAAGAGGGAACUUUCAACUUGCAUUCAGCACUGCAGAGUAAGGGUGGUGUCCUGGGGAGAAGACUUGGGGUUGUAGAAGAGAAGACACAAGAGAUGAUUAGGGAGGCAGUUCCAAUCAUUGCUAAUAUGGGAAGUUUGUACGUAAAGAGAUACUAUAGUGCCAGGAAUACAAAGUUGUAUUCCUGGCACUAUUGCAGCACUAAAUUCAAAAGGGACACUAUAUCCAGACCAUUUCAAUGAGCUGAAGUGGUCUGGGUGCCUACAGUGUCCCUUUAACUACUGUAAUAGAAAAAAUUUAACAGUUAAUUUGAAACAGUCUUUGGAGCCCUCUAUGAACCUGAACCCAUGCAUACCUUAGUCCUACUCCUAAUCCCUAUACUACCCUAACAUACAACACUACACAUUAAAGGACCACUAUAGGCACCCAGACCACUUCAGCUUAAUGAAGUGGUCUGGGUGCCAGGUCCAGCUAGGUUUAACCCUUUUUUCUAUAAACAUAGCAGUUUUAGAGAAACUGCUAUGUUUAUAAUAGGGUUAAUCCAGCCUCUAGUGGCUUUCUCAUUGACAGCCGCUAGAGGUGCUUCCGCGCUUCUCACUGUGAUUUUCACAGUGAGAAGAUGCCAGCGUCCAUAGGAAAGCAUUGAGAAUGCUUUCCUAUGGACUGGCUGAAUGCGUGCGUGGCUCCUGCCGCGCAUGCGCAUUCAGCCGAUGACGUCGCUAUGGAGGAGGAGAGUUUAACCCCUUCCUCCACAUAGAGCCCGGCGGGAGGGGGACCCUGAGGUUGGGGGCACCCUCAGGGCACUAUAGUGCCAGGAAAAUGAGUAUGUUUUCCUGGCACUAUAGUGGUCCUUUAACUCCUACAUUACCUUAAUAGACUACACUACAUAUUAACCACUACAUUACUCGAACAUGCUUCACUAUCACUAAAAGUUGACCCUUACAUUGUAACACUAAACAUUAACACUGCACUAACGCUUAUUACCCCUGCUGUUCCCUAAUACUAACCUGAACACUUCUUUAACACGUACACUAUCCCUAACACUAACCUAAAAAUUUAAUUUAAAACAUACAUUAUGGUGAAACAUGUAGCUGGGUAAUACAAUGGGGUUCUGGAUAUAAAUAUAAACCACACUGUCAGUGGUCAAUGGGUCUCAUUACUUUUUAAUAUAACUUGUGUACAAGGGAGCCCAGUCACUUAACAGUGUUCAAAUCCACCCUCCACUUGUAAACCUUCUAUACCAAAAGAAAUAUUAAGUAUUAUAUGAAGUGAAGGAGAUUUUACUUAAUCUUGUUCUAAAAUAAACUCUGCAAAAUAAAACAGCUAAUAAGUUAGUAGGUACAGAGUUCCAGCCCUGUCAAACAAUACCUUUGAUCCUCACCUCCCCUUUUCAUAGAGCAUGUCACAGAUACAAAAAAAAGAAAGUAAUUUUACUGUUUUGUUGCUAGUCUGAUAUUUUCAAUUCAAGUCCGUUAUUGUGCGUUGUAUGCAGAUCGGCCAAUAAGUAACUCAUAUUAAUUCACCGUUUAAUGGCCUCUGCUAAUGCAGUCAAGACUGGACUACCAACUACCAGAAAACACACUCAGGGUUACUUUUGAAACUGAGCAUUCAAGGUGAAUUUGAAGUGAAUUUCAAAUUUAAGACCAGAAUAGCCAAAGUAAAAGCUUAGCUGGCAUACAGAAUGUUUCCAGUUUGGCUAUAUUGAACUUGCAUUUUAAAUUCACCUUGAAUUAUCACUUUACUGAAUAACCCUGAAAGUCUUUGUUAUAACUUCAGAAAAUGUUGAAUUGGAGAAUGGAAUGUGGAAGAGAAGGACUUGGGACUAAAAUAGGAACAGUUAAAGAGAGGCACUGAGAAACAUUUAGAAUGUCUAUACUAUUUAUAGACACUGUAUGUCCCUAGGCAAGCAGACUAAAGGGUCAGUAUAGUCACCAUAACCACUACAUGCCAAUGUAGUGGUUAUGGUUCCAUUAAGCUGCGGAUGGUGUUCCUGCUGAGACUGUUUUCAGAUAGUGUAAACAAAACAUUGUGUCCCCAUGGCACCUGAGGCCCAGCCUCCUACUCAUCCCCUUAUUGACCAUUCAUUGACUGAGCACAUCAGCUGGCAUGCUUACCCAAUGAAUGGCAAAGGAAGUAUGGAUGAAAAUUGUAUUACAAUCUUAGCAACAGGAUGGAGUUGGUCGAUGGGUGCCUCAGAGUUUUGCUCGAAAACAGAUUGUCCAAAAACUAGGGAUAGUUAGCGCCAUACCCACUGAAGCCACUAUUUAAUUAGUAAUGUAUUAUCUCUUAUCAAACUCUGCUUCUCAUCCUGUUUAUAUUUUGUUUUUUAUUAAAAAAAUGUUUCCUCCUUUCUGUUUUUUCUCUCUCAUUUUCUGUUUUUCUGUUCACUGUAAAGUUCUCCCUUGUUACUACUAUUAUUACUUUCCCACUUUUCUAUUUUCUCUCUCCAGACAACUUGCUGACUGUCCACCACUGUUGGAUGUAGAGGACAUGGUGCAUAUGAAGGUUCCGGACUCUAAAUGCGUUUACACCUAUGUGCAAGAACUGUACCGCAGCCUAGUCAGUAAAGGCCUUGUGAAGACUAAGAAGGCCUGAACCAACCACUGAUUUUAAGUGUUCCUAUAGGUGUUGACUAAGAAGUUCCUGCUCAUUUUUACAAACUGGACUCUAACUAGAUUAAAAACAAACAAAAAAGUGAAUUUAUAUACUCUAUCUAACAAAUAAGCUACAAUUACAUAGUACUACAAUGCAUCAUAUGCACACCAUAAUUCUAUGCCUUAUGUACACUGUGCAUUAUAUAUACAAAAUGCAACAUGAAACACAGAAUCUAAAUAUUGGAAUUUGCAUUGCAAACACACUACACAAAAACUGAUAUUAUAUUCAUAUAUUAAAAAUGCUGAGUAGAUCAUAUUACCAGAGAUAUAUUUAUUUUUAGUAAAUAGAAAAUUAGUUUUCCUGUGUCCACAACAAAAAAAUUGUAGAUAAAAAUAAAUAAUAUAAUUCUCUUGGCUAUACAAGGCAGCUUUACAUUUUGGGGUAAUACCUCCCCUACCAACUGAUAGAAUAGGAAUAAAAAACCCAAAAGCAGAUAAGAACCCCUUACAGAAGACCUCUAGUCUCUUUUUUUCUGUCCAUUCAGCAGGUCUGGUCAGGGAGCCAACCUUUCUUUUUUUUAUCUUUUGGUUCAACCCGCUCCUUUUUUUGUACAGUGCUUAAACUUUUCUUGCUGGAAAUCCCAGAUGACAUGCAGGUGACAUCCUGAAGAUUAUUCUUAGUGGCUAUAGAAUUCAGUCUGCACUGACCACUGUCAUAGUAGCAUUAUGUUGAUAGGUAUUGGCAAAUAGUCUCACCAAGCUGUGUGUAGCUGUGGUGAUAUGAACAGUGCCUCACUCCCACCGCCCGCACCCUAAGUAUCCUUAGAGAUUUCAUGGCUGUUAAUGUUUAUUGUGUUUAACCUCAUUUAUUUAAUGUGCCUUUACUUCACUGGGGUUCUAGGUUUUCUGUCAGUUGUGGGUCAGUCCAGAUAGUACCUCCAACAGAUAUUCUCACCCACAUUAAGUAGUCUGUGUAGCAAGCUAUUAAGGAGGCAUCAGGAAAUCUGAAGAGGAGGGAGGUCCAGAAGAUGAAUUCAUCCUAUGAUAAGUGUGAGGCAUCUAAGACAAGGAAUAUUCAAGACUUGGAGUCAGAUAGAAAUUUCUCAGCUGUGUUAAAAUCUUCAUAUUUACCAUAAGUUUAUUUUCUCAGCUAUUACGUUGCAUCAUUAUGUUCACACACAUGUUUGUCUAGUAAUUAAAGAGGGGUUCCUCUGUUUCUGGUUCCUUCUUAUAAAGACUUUGGUUUUCAUCCUAUAAGCUGAGAGGAAAGUAGCUGCCUAUAAGUCUAAUGCCGUGAGAUAGCCAGGAAUGAAAAUAACAGCAAGUAUGACGAAAGGUUUCUGUUUAUCCAUGGCAUUAGACCCUAGCCCAUAAUAACAUCAUAUACUCACUAAAUACACUUAGACCCAUUGCAUGCUUUAUAUAGCAUGCCUAAUUUAUGCACUUUGCACAUGUUCAUAAGAACAUAGAACUUCACAUUCACAAGCAUGUACAUUAUGAAACAUGGGAGCACCUUCAGAAGUUUUGGCUAUAGCUGUGCCCCAGUAAAUACAUCAUUUUGACCGGCAUUAGGUUAAUUUCAUAAUUAAAAUAGCCCAGAUAAAAAAUCCUAACAUCACUUUAUAGUCUUAUAAACCAUUCUUCUUUGUAACUGAUUCUACUUGCUUUAAAACCUUUCACUAUCUGCUUGCCAGGGGCAUUCUGAUUCUUAUAGUGGAGGAUGAUUAAUUUAAUAGCAAGACACGAUACUGUGUUUAUCCUAGGUUCUAUGGAAGAACUCCUAAGCAAUGCGUGGGUGUGGACUUAAUUUUACUAUCACCCUCUGAUAUAACCUGGCUACACUGCAGGGAAAGAACGGCUAUUUUAUUUUUAUUUUGUCUUCAAAAAAGUUUUAUUCUAAAAUAAAUAUUCAAUUAUAUCAUUGUGCUAAUCUGUAUAUGUAUCCAUCUAUAACACAAAUUUUUUAGAGAUGUAGAAAUAUUUGCUCACAUUUUGUUGUUUAUCAUUUAUAACCACCCAAAAAAGCAGUACUAGAGAUGUAUUAGCAUCAAAGUAAUUUAUUAAAUAUAAUGGGAGGGCUACAAUUGUCUGAGACGUUUUAGCCACACCCAGUCUUUGGAGGGCUCACAGUAGAAAGUUGCAAACCUGGAUUAUGUGCCUAUUUCUUUAUAAAGGAUUUAACAAGUGGAUGGAAAUAUGGAUGAAUGCACUACUUCAAUCCCCAGCUACAUUGUGUACAAAGGCAAUUUUAACUCUGUGAAUCAUCAGUUCUCCCCAAAUUUUAUUUGGGUCCCACGAAAAAUAUUUUUUUGAUUGGUACCUCUUUAUAUAAAGAAACAAAAUGUGUUUACCUGCAAAAAAAGUAUUUACUCAUCUCUUAUUCUAUGGUUUUUAAUAUUGUGCAUACGUAUCUCCUAUAUAAAGCACUGAAAGCAACUAUCUAUUUGUGAGGUCUGGAAACGAACAUUAAAU